AUGGGACAGUAUUGUAUUUUUCGGCGCGGAGGUACAUGCCCUAAAGGAUUCGAUGAAGGAUUCAUAUUUUGGGAUGACGAAGACACCAACAAUGCAAAUAGAAAACGGGGAAGUCUUCCAGAUGGCGUGUAUAACAGCGAAACCAAAAUUGAAUUUUGCUGUCGCAAUGAUGUUUUCUCGAUCAGUUUUUGGAGCAUUGUAAAAUGCCGCGCUGCGGGAAUCAAUCUUUCUGGUCUCCCAAGAUGCAGAGAAUUGAUCUUGAUGAGACACAAGGGUAGUUGUCCUACAAUUUCUGGCUAUCGUGGACCCUACACUGGUUACCUUGAUUGGGACACCGAAGAUUCAGGGAACAAGGAUGAGUUUGUUGGUGUAUUUCCGGAUGGU